UGCAAUAAAUUAGGGCCAAACUACGCGAAUAGGUUGGUAAAAUGAGUAAAGUGAACCGGAGUGGUACGCGGGAAGUAAUUUUUAAAGUUUUCCAGCGAUGUAUGGCGGAGUUCCAAGCUGGACAAAUUUUGUGGGAUUUGGAUGAUGUUUAUGGCCGAACAGCAUCUAUGACCGGAAUAUCAGAGAGUACAGUUAGGCGGAUAGUAGAUGAAGGUUUUAAAAAUAAUGGAAAAUUUGAAACCCCUGGGAAACACAGAAGAGGCCGACCAAAGAAAGAAAUGGACAAUUUUGAUAUUUGUGCACUGCGUCAAAAAAUCCAAUUCUUUUACACAGUGCAAAAAGAGGUACCAACCCUCAGAAAAUUGCAAGUGAUCGCCAAAACGGACCUGGAUUUCGAUUGUAGUCUUGAAGUUCUCCGUAAAAUUUUAAAAGCAAUAGGGUUUACUUACAAGAAAUGCCAAAAUAAUAGAAAGGCUUUAAUCGAACAAACUCAUAUUGCAGCAAAGCGAGAAGAAUAUUUGGCAAUCAUUAAAAAAAAUCGUGAUUUGCCAGAAGAGUUAAAAAAGGAUAUAAUUUAUCUCGAUGAAAGCUAUAUUCACUCUUCAUAUAAGGUCACAAAAUGUUGGCAGUCUCUAAAUAUCGAAGGUGUCACAAAAGACAUAUCUAAAGGAAAGCGGUACAUCAUAGUCCACGCUGGAAGCGAAAAGGGGUCUGUGCCCAACUGCCUUCUUAUAUUCACUGGUAACAAUAAACUAGAAGACUACCAUUCAGAAAUGAAUGCACAUAAUUUUACUAAGUGGAUUGAGGAGAAGCUAAUACCAAAUCUUCACGAGCCUUCAAUCGUAGUUAUGGAUAAUGCGCCCUACCACUCCGUCAUUACAAAUAAGGCGCCUACCUCCAGUUCCCGUGUGGACGAGAUAAAACUCUGGCUAUUAGAGAACAAUAUUGAUUUUGACCCUACACUUAGGAAGCCAAAUUUACUGAGUUUAGUGAGAAAAAACAAACCACUCCCGAGCUAUCACAUUGAUAAUCUUCUAGGAGAAUAUGGGCACACAGUGAUUAUCACUGUGAUUUAA